CCUGAGGGGCAGCUUUCCUCUCCAGCCGGAGUCUGACAUCCCCACUCCCACCCGAGGAUGCCUGUCCGCAGUCGCUGAAUGUCACUGCUCCCUCUUCCUCCCGAUCAGGGUAGACACAGCUCCUGAGGCAUCCCCCACCCCAAAACUGCCGCGGUCGCCCGAGGGUACGAAGCCCGGGAGAAGGACGAAGUUUGGGGUCCACGGCGGCGGGAGGGGGGCGCGUUUGAGAAGACCGCACCUCAGUCCCAGACCUGGCGGACACACUCCCCGCCCCAAAACGGCCCAGGCGUCCCCAUCCUCUCGAGGACACCGGUAUCCCCGCCCUCCCCCGAGGGCUGUGAGCGGAGCCCCCCGGGGCGGAGGCAGGUCUUGAUUUCCUAAAGAUGUCUUUCACUUGAAGAGUGCUGUCUUUCCCAUUGGUGAACUAAGACAACUGUCAACAUUGCCUGGCUGUCCUCUUCGUCACUUAAGGAUGGUUGUCCCUAAGAUGUUGCUUGGCCUGGGCAGGGAUCCUCUGCCUGUUUGUUGAAUUGUGACUUUCGAAUGUGCAGGUUGUGUUAAGUACAAGGAGAACCUCUAUGGGUAACGUCUGUGUUGGAGAAGCCAUUUGUCAACCAUGGUAAAACUUGCAAACCCACUUUACACAGAGUGGAUUCUUGAAGCAGUGCAGAAAAUCAAAAAGCAAAAGCAGCGGCCCUCGGAAGAGCGAAUCUGCCAUGCUGUCAGCACAUCCCAUGGCUUGGAUAAGAAGACGGUCUCCGAGCAGCUGGAACUCAGUGUUCAGGAUGGCUCUGUUCUCAAAGUCACCAACAAAGGCCUUGCUUCGUAUAAGGACCCAGACAACCCUGGGCGGUUCUCAUCAGUUAAACCAGUCACUUUCCCUAAGUCGGCCAAGGGCUCGAAAGGACCAUGCAGCGAUCUACGCAAUGUGGAUUGGAACAGACUUCUAAAGAGAGCAAUCGAAGGCCUUGAGGAGCCAAAUGGCUCCUCCUUGAAGAACAUCGAGAAGUAUCUCAGAAAUCAGAGUGAUCUCACAGGCACCACCAACCACCCAGCCUUUCAGCAGAGGCUGCGAUUAGGGGCCAAGCGUGCUGUGAACAAUGGGAGGUUACUGAAGGAAGGACCACAGUACAGGGUCAAUUAUGGGAGCUCAGAUGGCAAAGGGGCGCCUCAGUACCCCAAUGCUUUUCCAUCCUCACUCCCGCCCGUCAGCCUUCUACCCCACGAGAAAGACCAGCCCCGUGCCGAUCCCAUUCCAAUCUGUAGCUUCUGUCUGGGGACUAAGGAGUCCAAUCGUGAGAAGAAACCAGAGGAGCUCCUGUCCUGUGCAGACUGUGGCAGCAGCGGACACCCAUCCUGUUUGAAAUUUUGUCCUGAAUUAACCGCCAAUGUGAAGGCCUUGAGGUGGCAGUGCAUCGAGUGCAAGACAUGCAGCGCAUGUCGGGUCCAGGGCAAAAAUGCAGAUAAUAUGCUUUUUUGUGAUUCCUGUGAUAGAGGAUUCCAUAUGGAGUGCUGUGACCCACCACUUUCCAGAAUGCCAAAAGGGAUGUGGAUUUGCCAAGUCUGCAGACCAAAGAAAAAGGGAAGAAAACUACUCCAUGAGAAAGCCGCACAAAUAAAACGACGAUAUGCAAAACCCAUUGGACGGCCGAAAAAUAAAUUAAAGCAACGAUUGUUGUCUGUAACCAGUGAUGAAGGAUCCAUGAAUGCAUUCACAGGAAGGGGGUCACCUGGUAGGGGUCAAAAGACUAAAGUCUGUACCACACCUCCAUCUGGUCAUGCUGCGUCUGGGAAGGACUCAAGCAGCAGAUUGGCUGUUACAGACCCCACUCGGCCUGGUGCCACCACCAAAAUCACCACCACCUCCACCUACAUUUCUGCCUCUACACUUAAAGUUAACAAGAAAACCAAAGGGCUCAUUGAUGGCCUUACUAAGUUUUUUACACCAUCACCUGAUGGUCGCAGAUCACGAGGUGAAAUAAUAGACUUUUCAAAGCACUAUCGUCCAAGGAAAAAGGUCUCUCAGAAACAGUCAUGCACUUCUCAUGUGUUGGCCACAGGUACCACACAAAAGUUAAAACCUCCACCUUCUUCACUUCCACCCCCAACCCCCAUCUCUGGUCAGAGCCCCAGUUCACAAAAGUCCAGCAGUUCCUCUUCUUCUACCUCUCCCCAGAGUUCUUCCAGCCAGUCCAGUGAGCCCUCCUUUAGCAGUCUUACUAACAACAGCCAGCUGAAGGCACUCUUUGAUGGACUUUCUCAUAUCUAUGCCACUCAGGGGCAGUCUCGCAAAAAGGGACACCCAAGUUACGCAGCACCCAAACGCAUGCGUCGUAAAACUGAAUUCUCUUCCACGGCAAAAGCUAAAGCCCGUUUCUUUGGAAAAAGAGACGUUAGGAGCAGGUUUCUUGCUCGUUCCUCCUCUAGCUGGGGGAUGACUAGAGGACAUAUUUUUAAAGCCAUUGCUCACUUCAAGCGAACAACUUUUCUUAAAAAGCACAGGAUGCUAGGCAGAUUAAAAUAUAAAGUGACCCCUCAGAUGGGGACCCCGUCACCAGGGAAGGGGAGCUUGGCAGACGGAAGGAUUAACCCUGAUCAGGAUGAUGAUACUGAAAUUAAAAUAAGCAUCAAACAAGAAAGUACAGAUGUAAAUGUGAUCGGAAACAAGGAUGUCGUGACUGAAGAGGAUCUGGACGUUUUUAAGCAGGCCCAGGAACUGUCUUGGGAGAAAAUAGAGUGUGAAAGUGGAGUGGAAGACUGUGGUCGGUACCCUUCAGUAAUAGAGUUUGGAAAAUAUGAAAUCCAAACCUGGUACUCCUCGCCUUACCCACAGGAAUAUGCAAGAUUACCAAAGCUUUACCUGUGUGAAUUCUGUCUUAAAUAUAUGAAGAGUAAAAAUAUUUUGCUAAGACACUCAAAAAAGUGUGGAUGGUUUCAUCCUCCAGCGAAUGAAAUUUACCGAAGGAAAGACCUUUCAGUAUUUGAGGUUGAUGGGAAUAUGAGCAAAAUUUAUUGCCAAAACCUUUGCUUGUUAGCCAAGCUCUUCCUGGACCACAAAACAUUGUAUUAUGAUGUCGAGCCGUUCCUUUUUUAUGUCCUUACAAAAAAUGACGAGAAAGGCUGUCAUCUGGUUGGAUACUUCUCUAAGGAAAAGCUUUGCCAGCAGAAGUAUAAUGUCUCCUGCAUAAUGAUCAUGCCCCAGCACCAAAGGCAAGGGUUUGGACGCUUUCUCAUUGAUUUCAGCUAUUUGCUUUCUAGAAGAGAGGGCCAAGCAGGGUCUCCUGAAAAGCCACUUUCCGAUCUUGGCCGUCUCUCCUACCUGGCCUACUGGAAAAGUGUCAUCCUGGAAUAUCUCUACCACCACCACGAGAGACACAUUAGCAUCAAGGCCAUCAGCAGAGCUACAGGCAUGUGCCCACACGACAUCGCCACCACUCUGCAGCACCUCCACAUGAUCGACAGGCGAGAGGGCAGGUUUGUGAUCAUUAGAAGGGAAAAGUUGAUAUUGGGCCACAUGGAAAAGCUGAGAAACUGUUCCAGAACUAAUGAACUUGAUCCAGAGAGUCUGAGGUGGACCCCCAUUUUAAUUUCGAAUGCUGUGGUUUCUGAAGAAGAGCGGGAAGCUGAAAAGGAGGCGGAACGACUAAUGGAACAAGCCAGCUGCUGGGAAAAGGAGGAGCAAGAGACCCUGUCAUCUAGAGUUAACAGUAGGCAGUCGCCUGCAAAAGUACACUCGAAAAAUAAAUACUUGCAUUCUCCAGAGAGGCGGCCAGUGGCCGGGGAGCGAGGGCAGCUGUUAGAGCUGUCCAAAGAGAGUAGUGAGGAAGAGGAAGAUGACGAAGAGGAUGAAGAGGAAGAUGACGAAGAGGACGAAGAUGAGGACGAGGAAGAGAACAUUCAGACGUCUCCCCCACGUUUGACCAAACCACAGUCAGUUUCCAUGAAGAGAAAGAGGCCUUUUGUCGUAAAGAAGAAAAGGGGUCGUAAACGCAGAAGGAUCAACAGCAGUGUAACCACCGAGACCAUUUCCGAGACCACGGAAGUCCUGAAUGAGCCCUUUGACCACUCAGAUGAAGAGAGGCCGAUGCCGCAGCUGGAGCCUACCUGUGAGAUCGAGGUGGAGGAAGAGGGCAGGAGGCCAGUUCUGAGAAAAGCAUUCCAACAUCAGCCGGGGAAGAAACGGCAGGCAGAGGAAGAGGGAGGAAAAGACAAUCAUUUCUUCAAGAAUGCUGCCCUUUGUAGAAACAAUGUGGACGAUAAUGCAGGAAACUUGAAAGAAGGCAGCAAAGACAAUCCUGAACCUCAAAGGUGCAAACAAGUCUGGUCGAAAGGGACCAAGCGCGGCCUCUCCAAGUGGAAGCAAAGCAAGGAGAGGAAGACGGGCUUCAAACUGAACCUGUACACCCCACCAGAGACGCCCCUGGAGCCCGACGACCAGGUGACCGUGGAGGAGCAGAAGGGGGUCUCGGAAGACAAGGGCAGCCCUGUGGGGACAGAGCGGGAGGUGACGGAGACCAUGGAAACCCUGCUCCCGCAGGACGGGAAGAGAAGGGAGGAGACAGGCGCACCUGUGAGCCCCUGUAAGUCACCAGGUAAAAAGGUAGAUGAGGAGGACCCCAUCAAAGGUGAGGAGGAGGAGGAGGAAGAGGAGGAAGAGCGGGAGGAGGAGGAAGGAACUGCGGAAAAAGACCAAGAUGGUGCUCAAAGUAAAGACAAAGAGGAGCCAGAAAUCUCCACGGAGAAGGAAGACCCCGUGCAUCUGGAUGAUCACGAGGAGGAGGAGGAAGAGGAGGAGGAGCCAUCCCACAAUGAGGACCAUGACGCAGAUGACGAGGACGACAGCCACAUGGAGUCCGCCGACGUGGAGAGGGGUGACCUCCCCAAAGAAGCCUUCAAGGAUGCGCUAGAGAGCCAGGAAGCUUUUUUAGAUCUUAGUGUUCAGCCGAGUCACUCCAGCCCUGAGGUCCUGAUGGACUGCGGCGUUGACCUUGCAGUUGCGUGUGACAGUGAGCCGAAGGAGCUUGCCGGGGACCCUGGAACUGCACCUGAGUCUGAUGAGGAGCCCUCAGAAGAGCAGACACAGAAGCAGGACCAGAAGAACAGUGAUGGCGUCGAUGCUGAGCUCAAAGAGGCAGGCACAGCCCCUGUGGAGAUUGACUCGGAGACCGCCCAGGCUGUCCAGUCUUUGACCCAAGAAAACAGGGAACACGAUGACACCUUUCAGGAUUGUGCCGAGACACAAGAGGCCUGUAGAAGCCUGCAGAACUAUACACAUACAGACCAAAGUCCUCAAAUUGCCACCACACUGGACGAAUGCCAACAGUCAGACCACAGCCCGGUUUCGUCCGUCCAUUCCCAUCCUGGCCAGUCAGUCCGUUCUGUCAACAGCCCCAACGUCCCCGCCCUAGAGAACAGCUAUGCCCAAAUCAGUCCCGAUCAGACUGCUAUCACAGUGCCACCUCUGCAGAGCAUGGAGACCAGUCCGAUGAUGGACGUCCCGUCAGUCUCCGAUCACUCCCAGCAAGUCGUUGACAGUGGCUUUAGUGACCUGGGCAGUAUCGAGAGCACAACCGAGAACUACGAAAACCCAAGCAGCUACGACUCCACCAUGGGAGGCAGCAUCUGCGGGAACAGCUCUUCCCAGAACAGCUGCUCCUACAGCAGCCUCACCUCGAGCAAUCUGACACAGAGCAGCUGUGCCGUCACCCAGCAGAUGUCCAACAUCAGCGGGAGCUGCAGCAUGCUGCAGCAGACCAGUAUCAGCUCCCCUCCGACCUGCAGCGUCAAGUCCCCGCAGGGCUGUGUGGUGGAGAGGCCUCCCAGCAGCAGCCAGCAGCUGGCGCAGUGCAGCAUGGCCGCCAACUUCACCCCACCCAUGCAGCUGGCUGACAUCCCUGAGACCAGCAAUGCCAACCUUGGCUUAUAUGAGCGAAUGGGUCAGAGUGACUUUGGGGCUGGGCACUACCCACAGCCAUCUGCCACCUUCAGCCUUGCCAAACUGCAGCAGUUAACUAACACACUGAUUGACCAUUCAUUGCCUUAUAGCCACUCCGCUGCUGUGACCUCCUAUGCAAACAGUGCCUCUUUGUCCACACCACUAAGUAACACAGGGCUUGUUCAGCUCUCUCAGUCUCCACACUCCGUCCCUGGGGGAUCCCAAGCACAAGCGACCAUGACCCCGCCCCCUAACCUGACUCCUCCUCCCAUGAAUCUGCCGCCACCUCUCUUGCAGCGGAACAUGGCUGCUUCGAACAUUGGCAUCUCCCACAGCCAAAGACUGCAGACUCAGAUUGCCAGCAAGGGCCACGUCUCCAUGAGAACCAAGUCGGCAUCUCUGUCACCAGCCGCUGCCCCCCAUCAGUCACAGAUCUAUGGGCGUUCCCAGACUGUAGCCAUGCAGGGUCCGGCACGGACUUUGACGAUGCAGAGGGGCAUGAACAUGAGUGUGAACUUGAUGCCAGCGCCAGCCUACAAUGUCAACUCCGUGAACAUGAACAUGAACACUCUCAACGCCAUGAACGGGUACAGCAUGUCCCAGCCGAUGAUGAACAGCGGCUAUCACAGCAACCAUGGCUACAUGAAUCAAACGCCCCAGUACCCUAUGCAGAUGCAGAUGGGCAUGAUGGGAACCCAGGCAUACGCCCAGCAGCCAAUGCAGACCCCACCCCACAGUAACAUGAUGUACACAGCCCCUGGACACCACGGCUACAUGAACACGGGCAUGUCCAAACAGUCUCUCAAUGGGUCCUACAUGAGAAGGUAGGCAGCCCGGCAGCCCACAGAUCCCACUGGGCAGCUGCACUGUUGGAUUGAUCUGCACAAAUACCUUUGAAGAGUACGAUUUCAAAACCAGCAUUGGUGUGAAUGCAAAAACAUUGCUGGCACCAUUUAUUUAAAAAAAGAAAAAAAAAAGCUGUAUGCAGCAGAAAGCCUUAUACAAGUUGUUUUUCUUUUUUCCUUUUUCCUUUUUUGGUACCUUGGUUUCUGUUACUUUUAUAUAAAGUUCUCUGCAAAGGAAGGUCUCCCUUAGGACUACAGCUCGGCGGCAGGCACUCGUCUUUGUGCCUGCUUCCAUGAAACAGUGUGGAUACAAGCCCCGCCCCAAAUCACCUGUUUUACUAUUGAACCUGGAGCUUUUUCCUUCCUUGUCCACUCCAUGUAAAUGCCUUUAGCGUUUCAAUUCCUGUAUAUUUUGUUUAAGGUGACACUUACUUCAGCAUGCCGCUAAUGUCUUUGUUAGUGACAGUGCAUUUUGUAGUACUGUACAAGUGUUGUGCUAACAGUAAGCCAUUUCUUAAGUUUUUUGCCUUGAUUAGGGUACCCUAAUUUGAGGGUUAAAAAAAAAAACAACUCUAUUUUUGUUAAUUAUAAAACUGUAAAGAGCUAUGAGAGCUACCCCAUCUGGUUAGUCAAGGGGGUUUAUUGCUAAAUGUUGGCUGUAAAGUUGAGACCCUUUUCCAUUUUGGUGGCAGGUUCCUUUGGGGAAAGGCAGCUUUCUGUUUUAUAAAUGCACACUUCUGUUUAUUGAAUGAAGCAUAUCUCAGUGUUUAUCUGUCAGGUUUUGAAGCAUUUCAUAUAUGUCCAAAUACUUGGCAGGAUUUAAAAAAAAAAUAGUGAAUUUGGUGUAAAGUUGCUAUUUUAUGGAAAUGCCUCUAACUUUACAUUUUCAUUCCAUCUGUAGAUUUUUCUAUCUUUAUAAAAUAUUGGAGUUAUUUUUUAAGGAAAAAUAGAAAAGUAGCUUGUGAAUAGCUCAAACUAAGCUUACAAAUCGCAUGUAAAAAAGCAGAAAAGUUCUUUGUGUCUGUUUCUAUUGCUUCCUUUUGUAGCCUUUGUACCUAUCCAGGUGACAGUGAGGGCCAAGCAGAGGUGUAACCUUGUAUAAAAUAGGAGCCAGCAACACUCACGUAUUUAUCUGUUCUCUUUUUAGUCAGUUACUUCAAAAAAAGAAAGAAAAAACAAAAAAAGCUGUACAUUUUAACAUAAAAUAAAUUAUGAUGAGCCAUUUUUA